ACUACUCUCUCUCUCUCUCUCUCUCUCUUUCUCUCUAUCUAUCUCCAUGGCCAUGGCAACCCAAGCCUCCCUCUUCACCCCUCCCACUCUCCCCGCAUCCAAGCCCGCCGCUCCCCGCUCCGCCGCCAUUCCAUGGACUAACUCCCCCUUCGCCGCCUCCCCGAGACCCCUCACACUCUCCAUCGCCCCUCGCAACGCCACCAUCAAAGUCUCGGCCACCGAGGAAAAGACGGAGGCCCCCGCCGGCUUCACUCCGCCGCAGCUCGACCCCAACACCCCUUCCCCCAUCUUCGGCGGCAGCACCGGCGGCCUCCUCCGCAAGGCCCAGGUGGAGGAGUUCUACGUGAUAACAUGGGACUCCCCCAAGGAGCAGAUCUUCGAGAUGCCGACGGGCGGCGCCGCCAUCAUGCGGCAGGGCCCGAACCUGUUGAAGCUGGCCCGGAAGGAGCAGUGCUUGGCGUUGGGCACCAGGCUGCGCUCCAAGUACAAGAUCACGUACCAGUUCUACCGGGUGUUCCCCAACGGAGAGGUGCAGUACCUGCACCCCAAGGACGGGGUGUUCCCGGAGAAGGUGAACCCGGGAAGGCAGGGCGUGGGAGUGAACUUCCGCUCCAUCGGGAAGAACGCUAGUCCUAUCGAGGUCAAGUUCACGGGCAAGCAGGUGUAUGAUUUGUGAUCUCGCGAUCGGUGCUACGCUUGUAAUUCUAUAUUUUUAUGAUCUCGCCCCUCUCUCUCCUCCUUUGAUAUUCAUAUUAUGCAAUAUAUCUUUGGUUUUGGUUAAGGAGAA